CCGCAUAAACACCUUUUACCGUGUCAACCUGACGUCAGCAGGCAGCAUCGCCGGCUGUCGCCGCGAGUAGCACUGUCUAGCCCUCCGCUCCCUCCACGGCGACGACGCGCCGUCAAAACAACGGCAGCGGCUUUUUUUCUCUCUCCUCCCAAACUAAACCAGGCUAAUAAGAUUCAGAGUGGGAGGGCAGAUCCGCCAAACAGAAACACACACCGGCCCCGGGAGUAGAGAGAGAGAGGGAGGGAGAGCUGGAGCCAGUUAUCUUUGCGAGGCAGGGAGGGGGAGAGAAAGAGAGAGAGAAAAGAGCUCGGGAAAGGAAGCAAGUGUGCGGCGCACAAAACAUGGAGUUACAGACAACUCACCUUUCCAGUCAUUCCAGGUGCUGCCAGCGACUGGGAUAGCAAUGCGCGCAAGAGCACUGAGGCAUCAUCGGAAUGUCUGAGGGGUGUCACACAUGCACACCCGCCUGUGUCGCCGUGCUGCUGCAGUCCGCCUCUCUGUCCUGUAGCGUGAGGAAGAACUUCAUUACUCCGAGGCGGACAGGUGAGGAGCGCCGCCCCGGUGCCCGGCUCCGGCGUUGCUUAUUCUCGUUUCUGAGCGUCAGGCGAGCAGGGGGAGAAUGGAUGACCAGGGGGAGGACAAACCGAGGAAGCACGAGAAGAGCAAGGCGCCCAAGCGCAAAGAGAAGAGGCGCAAACCUGGAAAGCUCUUCAGGAGGAAAUCGCUGAAGUCGGUGGGGAAUUUCAUGAACAGGAUCUUAAAAACUUUAGGCACCCUGGCUCACUUCGGCGAUGUCAGCCCGCCCGAUGCCGAAGACGACGACGGGGGGUUCCGGGAUGGUACACCUUGCACGUUGAGUGCCCACUCAGGAAACCUUAAAGAUGACAUUCAGGUUGGGGAGAGCGCCGUCAAGAAGAGCGUGACACUGUCUUCCCACGGAUCUAUAAAGGAAAGGCUUUCUUGGAGCUACGGGGAUAAAACGCCGGGUGUACUGGGUUUGAAGAAUCACGGCAACACCUGUUUCAUGAACGCCGUCGUUCAGUGCCUGAGCAAUACGGACCUGUUCGCCGAGUACCUCGGUUUGGAACAGUACAAAUCGGAUUUCUGCCGGAGGAAAGUUAAUGGGAUUGUGAAAAGUGAAGAUCUGCCCCACGCGAGGGGUGAAGUCACCGAGCAGCUGGCGUCGUUGGUCAGGGCGCUGUGGACACUGGAAUAUACGCCACAGUUGUCCGUUGAGUUCAAGAACACUGUCUCGAGGUACGGCUGCCAGUUCCGAGGAAACUCCCAGCACGACGCGCUGGAAUUCCUGCUCUGGCUGCUGGACCGAGUCCAUGAGGACGUCAACUCCUCUCCCAACAGCAACGGCGGCAAGACCAAAGCUACUGGGAAGGGCCCGGCUGAAGCAGAUGAGAGCCCAGCCAUGGGCUCUGCGGGUUCACAGCAGGCCGGCGGGCGGCACAGCUUUGUACAGGAGCACUUCCAGGCACAGUACAGGUCUUCCUUGACCUGCCCCCAUUGCCUUAAGCAAAGCAACACUUUCGAUCCAUUCCUGUGCAUCUCUCUACCCAUCCCUCUACGCCAAACCAGACCUCUGUACGUCACCCUGGUCUUCAGCGCCAAGGGUCAGCGGUACCUGAGGAUCGGCCUGGCUGUUCCACUCCUCGGCACACUGGCUUGUCUGAGGGAGAUGGUGGCAGAAGAAGGGAAAAUCUCUCCAGAUCAGGUGAUUCUGACGGAGAUCUACGCCGCGGGGUUCCAGCGCUCUUUCUCGGAUGAGGAGGACUUGACCAGCAUCGCGGAGAGCGACAACAUCUACGCCUUCCAGGCCCCGCCCCUCCUCGGAAGGGGGGGCACCGCUCGAUUCUCAGGUUACCAUCACAGCCUCCCCUCCUCUCCUUACUCCUCGGGGCCUGAAGGUCAAAGGUUACCACCCACGGGGACCCUGUCUUCGGAGUUCCUGAACCAGGGCAGCUCCACGAAGAUCCUCCUUCUGGUCUGCAACACCGCAGGCACUGGGCAGCAGGCCGUCAGGUUUGGGCCUCCUUUCCUCAUGAGGGAAGACAGAACUGUGUCUUGGGACCAAUUACAACAGAGCAUCCUCAGCAGAUUAUACUACCUGAUGAUCAAUGGCGCACAGACGCAGAAUGCAGGAAUCCUGUUCAAAAUCCGAGUGGUAGGGGGGUCCGCAGCCUACAGCUACCUGUCUCCUCAGGACAGUCGUCCCCUGUGUCACCCGGCAGUGGACAGAGCCCUGAAGUUCUGUGGACCCGGCGGACCUCCCCAUGUGAAGCUCAUCAUUGAAUGGGAGCAUAAAAUCAAAGAGUGCUUGUUUGGCAACAUCCAGGAGGAGGUGGUUCAGGAUGCAGAGAGCGUCAGGACUCAGCAGCAGCAGCACCUGCAGCAGCACAGCUGCACUCUGGACGAGUGCUUCCAGCUCUACACCAAAGAGGAACAGCUGGCGCCGGACGAUGCCUGGAAGUGCCCGCACUGCAAGAAGCUGCAGCAGGGCAUGGUCAAGCUGAGCCUCUGGACGCUGCCCGACAUCCUCAUCCUGCACCUGAAGCGCUUCCGGCAGGUGGGCGAGCGGCGCAACAAGCUGUCCACACUGGUGCGCUUCCCCCUGGCCGGCCUGGAUAUGGCACCGCACCUGGUCAAGAGGAGCCUCAGCCCCUGGCCCGCCUGGAAGCAGCCCCACCCCCCCAGCGGCGGCCAGCAGGCGGACGUCCUGUACGACCUGUACGCCGUCUGCAACCACCAUGGAGGAAUGCAUGGGGGCCACUACACAGCACACUGCAGGAACUCGGUAGACGGGCAGUGGUACAGUUACGAUGACAGCAGCGUGGACCUGGUUCCAGAGGAGGAGAUCUGUACGAGGGGAGCCUACAUCCUCUUCUACCAGAGACGGAACGCCAUUCCUCCCUGGUCAGCCAGCAGCUCUGUGAAAGGCUCCACCAGUUCUUCCAUGUCUGAGCACUGGCUAGUCCGCCUGACGGAAGACAGCAAGAGGGGGAGCCUGGUGUCCAGGGCCUCCACAAACUGCGUGUCCCCCGGGCCCGACUCCCCGGAGUCCCCCGUCUUUGAGGAUGAGCCCUUGAAGGACGAGAGAGGAGGCUUCGACAGCAGGCCGCUGGUCCGUGGGGUUCAGGGCAGGAGUGUCAGCAUGAGGACGCCCACGAAAACCAAGGAGGGCGUCGGCAAAGUCCUGCCCCUGCGCUGGUCUUUUGGGUCCAAGGACCGACACAAGCCAGCGCCCGGGGAGCUGGUGGAGUACCUGGAGUCGGGGCGCCGCCCGCGAUGCACGAAAGACUCCAUCGUGCCCUUGAUGACCGUCCCCGCAGACGGGAGCGGGACACCGACCAGGGGUCGGCAGCCGGCCCCUGCCAGCCCCCCCAACAGGGUGGGCUGCAUCGGGAGGCCGAACGGGGGCCCCCCGGACUCUGCCAAGGUGCCAGAAGGCCAGUCCAGGCAGUCCUCCGCUGGCGACAGGGGCGGCACCCUGAGCAGGGGCAGCAAGCAGAAGGAUGAGGGCACCCUGACCAGGAGGUCUUCCCGGAAGACCAAGCAGGAUGCCGCGGGUAGGCCGGAGGAGGCCCCGCCCAGCCGGGGAGGGAGGGGCUCCAGCGGGGGGGGGCCACCCACACCCACGCCGAGCUCCGCCCCCCCGCAGGGCUGGGACACCACGCUGAAGAGGAGCAAGGGCUCGGCCGGGGCGGGCGGGGAGGAGGAGCAGCAGCAGCCCCUCGCCGGGGAGGACAAGGCGAAGAGGAGCGAGGAUGCCAGGAGCCACGAGGGAGGCAGGUUCUCCUUCCUCAAGGCCGGCUUCCUCAAGAAGGACUCCAGGAAGCUCCGGGAGACGGACGCAUGCAGGGGCAGAGCGACGGCCAUCAGCUCCUCCCGGCUGUCCCUCUCCAACGGGGCGCUCAACGGCGGGGCCGAGGGGAGGGUGGGCGGCGGGAGGCACGGCCGCUCGGCCGCGGACAUCAAGCGCUCCCAGAGCUCCUCCAACAUCCAGAGCAAGGCGGAGCUGACGCUGAGGAGGACGGCCUCCCUCCACAAGAGCAGCCUGGCCGCCCCUCAGCCCCGCGGCCAGGCCUCCGACCGGCCUUCCUGCGCCACCCUGCAGAGGACGCGCUACAGCACCACGUCCCUGGGCCGGAAGAAGUCCGUGCCCGAGUCAAGCUUCUGACGGAGCGGCGAGCGGGAAGUGACCUCACAGCACCUGCAGCUCAAGCAAUAGCCCUUCGUGUCCUUCCUCCAGAGGGGCACCGGCGUGUGAAGGAAACCAGCGGAUGACCCCCAGCUGAGGUCAACAGCCCCCCCGUGGGUCCCCCUGAAUUCAUCUAGCAAGGACCGCUGUGGUAAUAUCACCCCCAUUUAUGGUCUGAGAAGGGGCUGUACCGAUACGGGGGGGGCCCGACUGAGUAAAACACAUGUACUGUAUUAGGAGUUUUUCUUUUAAAUUUUCUAAACACUUUCUGUUUUUGAGGGGGGUUUUGUUGGUGACACCUAAAAGUAAGUGCCUCUGUAAUUGAUUUACUGUUGAGAUGAAUUUUUGGGAUCCAAUUGUACAGUCGAAACACUUUCUACACCAUGUUUAAUUCAUAAUCCUAUAACACGCUUGCACAUCUUUUAAUAUUACAGGUUAAUAACAGCCAAAAGGCAUUACCUUUUUUUUGUUAAAACAUUUUCAGACAUUUAAGAAAUCUAUGCAUACAUUUAGAGUAAAACAGAUGAAAGAUUAUGUCAGUUUUAUUUAUAUUUUUUGUAUUGCACCCAAUGGAGCAAAUUGCUCACUGGAUUAUUUGUAAAUACAUAUGAUUUAAAAAAUACAUAUCAGUCAGUAAUAGUUUAGCUAACCACUUCAAGAAGAGACAAGCUUUAUGAAUAAUUAACAGUUUUGUGCUUGCAUUGCAAAAUAGCUGCUAGAUUUUAAAGCUUUUAAUGUCUAAAUAAUGGAGAGAAUGGUAAUGGGUUUUUUUAACUUUCUUGCACUUUCUGUCAAGUCGACUGCACCAGUAUGUUAAUGUUCAAUGUGACAAUCUUGAAUUGACUGAGAAAAAUGAUGGGCCUUUUAUAAACAUGCCUCUUGUAGUUACACAUAUUUACACAAAUUUAUUUCACUUCAAGCCAUCUGAGUCAACCAGACAUUAUAGUCAUUGCAACAAUUGGAGGAUGUUUUUUGUGCUGACGAGCACAAGGGGAGUGAGUCUUCCUUCUUGUCUGUCCAGCAGAGAGUGUUUGGGGGAUCUCUUCCUCUGUCACUGAAUAACCGCUUAGAAACAAGCAUUGCUAAUUAGAAAUGCUUUUUGUUCUUUCUCAGGGAGGGUGCGUCUUGUCAAUAGAUCCCAUACAACCUUGAGCCAGUUCAACAUUAAACCUUUCCUGAGUGUGGAAUGAGAACUGCCCCAAGGACACCUGUAAAAUGUGCAUUGCCUCUGGCGUCUACGUGGUGGUGUUUUUUACAAUGGCGUCUUUGGUGGAAGGCAGCACAUUGGUGCAGUAGUGAGCAUUGCUGCUUCACAGUGCUGAGGCUCUGGGCUCAGUCCUGCACCUGAGAUGCUACAGUGUCUGUGUGGCGUUUGUAGGUUCUCCCUGUGUUCAUGUGGGUUUCCUACAGGUGGUCCGAUUUCCUCCCACAGUGGCCCUGGUGUGAGUGUGUGUGUCUGUGUGUCUGUGUGUGUGCCCAGCAGUGGACUGGCAUCUUGUCCAGCGUGUACCCUGCCAUGCGCCAGGUGCUCCCCAGUGACCCUGAAUUGGAUCAGGCAGUUAGAAAAUGGAUGGAAGGGUGGAUUUGGUGGUCAAAGAGCUGACCUCAUAGCCUUUAAAUUUGGGAUGUGGCCUACAUAACCCCAGAAUAGCUCCGCUUGCCAUUCAAAGAGGAUUCUUUGUGGCCUAUAAGGAACCAGACAAAAUACCAUCUUGAAAGUGUCCUCAGGCAAUGGUAACAGGGCCUUUGGGGCAUCUGAAUGUAUUUGUCCGGUGGCUGGCAAACUGAAGAUGAGUAGACUGUUAGUCAGUGACACCUUUGUAGAUUUUUAGGGGCUGAGCAAAAAAAAGAGGUUGGCCUCCAUUUCCAGUAACUACAAGGCUGAUGGCGUCGGUACGUCUUGACUUUGGGGAAAAAAGAACAGACGCCAUUUAAACAAAUCUCUGUGUUUUACUGUUAGAGCAAUGUGAUAAAAAAUGUUUACAACUGGAGUAGGACUGUUAAAUCCUUUUUUUAUAUUUCUGUUGCCCACAUGUAGUGAAAAGUGUGUGCGAGUGGUUUCAUAUUAGAAAAACACAAAUACAGUAGUAUUGCACUGACACAUUUAGCUCAGCUUCAUUCAGGGUGAAAAUAUUGUUUAUGGAGUGCUUUAAAAACCCAUCAGUGUGAAUGGUGUCCCUUGCUUCAACAUCCUGGUACCACAUUUCUGUAUUUCAGCAACAUCUCUGUGCUUGUGCUGCACAAAACAGAACCAGCCACUACCACACUAUCCUGAAUAUGGCAAAUAGUCAUGCUACAAAGGGUUUCGAAAGUAAUUUUGUCUUAACUCCAUCCACAUUUGAGCCCUGAGGUGUAUCAAUAAUUUCAUUAACAGAUAAAAAAGGAUGUGAGAUUUAUUCAUUCUACAUAGUGUUCGAAUUAGAAAUAAUAAUGAAAUAACCUCAUUUAAGAAGCCUUUUUAAUAUAAUUUGUCAACCAAAAACAUUGAAACCCAGCCCUCAAACCCUCAUUCUAGAUACUCAGUCCACGGAUCAAUUAAGUACUGAUACCCAAAUAAUCAUGAUGAGAACAAGAGACAGGUCAUCUAACCCGUUUGGGAUUUGGUAGUUUAUUGAUCCCAGGAUCACAUCCAGUCUUUUCUGGAAUUAAUCCAGGGUAUCAGUAUCAACAACAUGGAUGGACUGACCGGCCUCCUCUCUAUAACCUUACAACUAAGGGAAACUGAAUACAACAAAGUCAUUUUUUUUCCUUGUUGGAAAAACAAGCCAUGCUGAUAUUUCUUUAACGUGUGCUGCCAGCUUCCCCACCCAAGCAAAACGCAUGAAGGGGGUCCAGGUUCCUGUUCUGAAGAGUAUGAGGGGAGUAAUGGGCAGAGGAGGAGUAUUUUGCCUGUCCCAGUAACCUGCCUUCCACAGCCGUUGUUGAGCGAAGCAAAGAUAUCUGUGAUGCCAAAGCACAGGUUGGCAGGAGAGAACGUUCAAGUGCGUGUUUAAAACCGAGAGCAGGUGUAACCGUUUAAAAAUCUCUUGAGCCAGUUCUGAGCAGCACAAGAUGGAUUGAAUGCAAGAGAAAGUUCUUCCCCCUUAAUAGAGGGUAGACAACCAUGCUUGGAGGAUACUUGAAUAUGCAAGAAAAGGUUUCUAAUGCUUGAGGUGAUCAAAUAUGUACCACACUUACUUCAGAACUAUAAGAAGUGUUCAGUUUUAUUAUUCAUUGAAAUAAGUUCCCAAAUGCAGUAUGUAAUUUCUCCAAAAAACAAAUGCUUUGCCGGAUCAUUAAAAGCUUACAAAAUUUAAUUUUAAUCAUUAAUAAUAAAACAGUGUAAAUUCAGUGUUCUGUAAUUUGUAAUAAUGUUUUUAUUGUUCAUAAACACUACCCUAGUUCCAACAGCAAUAACCGUUUCUGUCUCGAUCAGUAUUUUCGGAACACACGCUGAUGUAAUUUCAGUUUACAACUAUGAUAGUAGUUACUGUACAUGACGUAGUAAUGACUGUGUUGUGACAUAUUGUGUUUGAGGGCAAACAUUUAACUGUUUGGUUGAUCAGAAAAAAAACUGCCUGGUUUGACUUGACACAACCUUACAAUUCCAAACAGAGAUAAUAAAAUCCUAAUCUCUAAUAGCUUUUAGUAAUUAGACCUGUAGCCAGGCACAAGAGUCCAGGUUUAAAGAGAACUCUAAAACAAACAUACAAAUUCGGAACAAUACUGUGCUGCUGUUUGCAAAUGUACAAGAUCCCAAUUUGCUCGUAACAUUAGCAAGUUAAAUUUAAUGUGAAGUUAAAAUGUUUUUUGUAACAUGCUGACUCCAUACAGAAGGUGUUCCAGGCCAGAAUCGAUCCAAGGCGCCUUGAGCUGUUGUAGGCAGCAGUAUUUCUAGCCAUCUUGAUAAUGGACUCAUCUGUUCUGUGUUUAGCAACCUGAAGUCAAUAGCAGGUCUCUUGUACUGUGCACAUAAAUGUCAUUACAGUCUGUGUGUCUUUGCUGAUGUUAACAAAGAAGCAGUGAGAAUGUAAAAUGAUCAUAGCUGUAGAGUGGCCUUUACUAUGAAGUGGUUGUUUUCAGCUUGCUGUCCUGCAGGACCAGUAGAACAUGUCCAUGUCUGUCUUAUUCCAAGAGAUAACCAUUCGAACUGACUCCUUUAUUUUUUUGUUGUUGCAUUUUUCUUAAAUGGAGUUUACAGAGAAAAUGACAAGUGUUCCAAAGCCUGAGUUGUUCAAACACUCUUGUGUGUGUGUGUUUCUGCUACACUCUGCAAUUAAAAGCGGUGAGUACCAAUCACUAUGUUUACCAAAACAAGCACUUGUAAAAAGAGCUACAUGAAUGAAGGAUUUUGUUUUCUGUUCUUUGUGAAAUGUGUGGGGUUGAGAUGAUUUUAUAUGCAAUUUUGUUUUCUAAGGUUUUACAUUUUAUAUACCUUCUUUGUAAAUAAUUAAAGAUCCUUGUGACAUAAUGCUGACUAGUCGCUGUGGCAGAGUUCUGUUCUGUGUGCUUGGUGUAUUAGGGGUUAAGCACAAAUAUACAGCCCUUGUCCAGUCAUUUGUAUCGUAAAGGGCAGGUAUAAACUGGAUCUAGCACACGUAUAAAAUUCUACUUAUAACAAACGUUUGUAUCUACCUAAGAUGUCCGCUUUACAUCAUAUACUGUUUUAUUUUUAAUACAGUAAAAUAAAACACGUUAUUUAUCACA